AUGAAUCCUGGAAUGUUCAAGGUACAAAUUAUAUGGGUAAAGCAGUUGCGGCUUGGAGACACCCCCCAAUGAACAACAAUUCCUGGUGCAAAAUGGAUAUGAAAAAGCGUCUUUGUUGAAUAUCCGGAAUCUGGAGAGUCAUAUAUGUUCCAAAAAGAAUUUAAUGUUAAUGGAUCCCCCACUCAGUCUUUACUUUCCAUUGCUGGCGACAAUAGCUAUACACUUAUUUUCAAUGGGAACUUUAUAGUAGCAACUCAAUUCUGAAAUGAAGGGAUGGCUCAAACCUAUGGUUUAAUUAGUAGAACAGUUCAAGGAAGAAAUGUGGUUCAAGUUGUUGUCACGAAUUAUGCUAGAGAAAAUAAAGAUAUUUAUACCAACCCUGGUGGACUUCUAUUUAAGUUGAAAUUAACGUGGCUUAAUAUAUAA